CAGCAAGCAAUCCAGCAUGAAAACAAGCAUCGUGUGCCGUUGGCUUAAGAUAGUUCUUUUCGGAUGUCAUCAUAUAACAUCAGCGAUAAUUUUUAUGGAAUAUUGUGUAUAGUAUGCCUGAAAUAAUCAUCAAAAUUUAUUAAAUACUUAUAUAUAUGUGUAAUAUUUAAUCAUAAUCAACUUUCCUAACUUUUCUCGAAAAUAUAUGUAUUGACGCAUUGUACACAAUAAAUAUUUUCUUGACUUUUUGGGACCAAGAUGCCAGAACGAAUCGAAAUUGGUAUUAUACCAAACAAUCUAAGACAUGAAGAGACGAUAGUUCAAAUAGCAGAAGCUUUGGAUAAUUUAGGUAAUGCUGUUUCAUAUAUAUUUGAAUGUAUCGAUAGAAGACUUUCAGAAAAUACGCAAAGAUUAAACAGCAUUAAAGAAAGAGCUAGAAAACUGGAGAACAGGUUGCACUAUCUGCAAACAAACUUGAACCUGAAAGCAGUAAAAAUGUACUCUGCUGCCAAAUAUCCAGCUAACUAUACUUAUAAGGAGUAUAGGGUAACCAUACCGCCGCAGCACAAACAUGCGGCUACUAUACCAAGCAUUUAUAAGUGUUCUGUGCCUAUAAAAGAUAUUCCCGAAUCGUAUUUAUCUUCUAAUUGUAAGACGGAAAGUGGCCAGUACGCUGCAAAUAUCAAUCUUCAAGAGAAACUGCAGUUUUAUCAUGUACGAUCAAAAGCCAGUAAAAAGAUUAACAAUCUUGAGAAUGACGAAGAACCAUUCCCGCCACAAUUGUCUUCAGUUAGCGCUCUCCUGUUAUUUGAUAGCAUGGACAGUCCAUACGAAAAAACGUCCAUGAGAUCAUCGCGGCAAUCUAACAACAAGCAGCAAAUUGAAGAUGCACCAGACUCGAUUGUACAACCGUGGCUUUCGUCGGAAAUGGACUCAUCUUCCAACUAUCUGUACACACCAACCCUUGGGGAGGUGAGAAUUUCCAUAUAACAUAUUAUAAUAGAAUUUUAAUAGAGUCGGGAAAAUUUACUCAAUGCCUAUUGAAGUUCCGUUUUCAUCAUACAAGAAAUAAUAUAUUGUUACAAUUUCUUGUUCUGAAAAUUGUUUCUAAAAGAUUUGCUUUUGCUUUUUCUACACAAGAGCUUUUUAAGUAAAUUUUUAAGUAAACAAGUUCUUUAAGUAAAUUUCCUAAACAUUGUCUUAUAUUUUAAAACAUUUAUCUUAUAUAUAUCUUAUAUUGUCUUAUAUUUUAAAACAUUUAAUACAAGCUCAUAUAGGUGUGUGAGUAGAGAAAGCUGUCAGUAAAGAAAGAUUAAUAAGAAUUAUAAUGUGGAUAUUGAUACGAAAUUAUAACUUUUAAUUUCGAGAGGAUAAUAAUAUUCUGACAGUAACAACAAACGAAGAAUUGCAACGUGGAGAAUUCACCUUUCAUAACUGACUUUGAAAUUAGCUUUAUAAUUCCGAUUAAUUCUAAUAUCAAUAUUAUCUUUUUUAUACCUCUGUUCAUAUCUUGUUUAAAUAAUAAGCAUUUUUAUAUUAUUAUCUAAGUGUUGCAAAAAUACUAUUAGAACAUUAUUAUCCUCCCAAAAUAAAAAGUUCUAAUUUCGUACUAAUAUCCACGUGAUGGUUCUCAUUAAUCUUUUUAUACUUUACAGUAUUCUAGGAAUUGACUUUUGAAGUCAUUCUAUGAAGAAAAGUUAAAGUUCAUAUAAACAUAUUAAAGGCCACAUUUCAGACAUAUAGGAUUAUUAAAAAUUCUAUUAAACUAUUAUUUUUCUUAAUAAUUUCGAAACAAAAACUAAGAAAGAACGAAAAGAAAAACUUCAAAAAAAAACAAAAAAAAAACAAUAAAUAUCGACUUUAAGGAAAACAGCUCUAAUGACCUUGAUCUUGACAUAUGUUGUCAUCAUUUUUGAGGAACUCGCAAAAGGUUUUAACCAUCACUCGUUGUUAGAAAGUUAUAGAAAAAAAGAUUUGUAUAAACGCAACGCGUAAUUUUGGUACACAACAUAUAUUAAAAUAUGGUAAACAGUACACGUAUAUGCGUAUGUUAUGCUCCGCGGCCUCGUGCUCUGUGGCAGUCGUUUAUAUCCAGAUAGCCAAACCUGUGCGAACAGAUUUCGAGCAGAGCUUGCUAUCAACUUUUGAUGGCAAAUAGAUAACAAAUUUGAUGCA